AUGACAUUCUCAGAUUUUGAGUUAAUGGAAGCAGAAGGCGACUCCUCUUCCAGUGGCUCCUCCAACAAUGUUUCUUCUGCAAGCACAGUAUUCUCACGCAAGAAGAAGAAAAGAACAUGGAUUAAAGGACAGGAGAUCGAAACUAGUGAUAGUGAUUCUGACUAUGAAGUACCUGCAAAAAGAAAGAAAAAUCCAGAUAAACACAAAUCAAAAGCAGAAAAAAGGGAGGUAAAAAGAAAACAAAAGACAGCUGAUAAGGAAAGUGUAGAUGAGAGUAAAGGUAGUGACAAACGAAAGAGGACUAAAAAGGAUGAAGAAAACGACAAAUCAAAAGCAGAAAAUAGAGAAACUGAUAGGGAAAGUGUAAAAAUAAGUAAAGGUAGUGAAAAACAAAAGAGGACUGAAAAGGAAGAACAGCAUAAUAAAUCAAAAAAAGCGAGUAGUGAAGAAAAAGGGAAACAAAAGACAGCUAAUACGGAAAGUGUAGAUGAAAUUAAAGGUAGUGACAAACGAAAGAGGACUGAAAAGGAAGGAGAGCACAACAAAUUUAAAACAGACAGUAGUAAAGUAAAAGGAAAACAAAAGACAACUGAUAAGGAAAGUGUAGAUGAAAUUAAAGGUAGUGACAAACGAAAGAGGACUGAAAAGGAAGAAGAGCACAACAAAUUAAAAACAGACAGUAGUAACGUAAAAGAAAAACAAAAGACAGCUGAUAAGGAAAGUGUAGAUGAGAGUAAAGGUAGUGACAAACGAAAGAAGACUGAAAAAGAUGAAGAGCACAACAAAUCAAAAGCAGCGAGAAGCGAAGUAAAAGGAAAACAAAAGACAGCUGAUAAGGAAAGUGUAGAUGAGAGUAAAGGUAGUGACAAACGAACGAAGACUGAAAAGGAUGAAGAAAACAACAAAACAAAAGCAGACAAUAGUGAAUUAAAAGGAAAACAAAGGACAAAUGAAAUGAAAAGUGGAGGUAUAAGAGAAGAAAGUGUAAAACUAAAGAGAAGUAGAGAAAUAGGGGAAAUGAACCAUUCAAAUGCAAAAGGUAGUGUAGAGAACGAAAAACAAAAUAUUAACGGGAAGGAAUGUGAAGACAGAAGAGUAGUGACUAUAAAACAAAAAGGAAAACAACAUGAGGGAGAAACAAACAAACCAAAGAAAAGUGAUAGUGUAGUGAGUGAGAAGACGAAGGAAAGUGCAAGUAAUCAGGACAUGAGCAAUAACGAUAUGAAUAAAAGACAAGUAGAAAAUAAAAUUACAAAGGCAAAAUAUACCGGAGGGUGUGAACAAAAAAGUACUAGAAAUGACAGUGAAUACAAAAGAGAAGAGACUGUAAUACGACAAGUGAAAGCAUCUGAAGGAGAAAUGUACAAACCAAAACAAAGUGACAGUGUAGUGAGUGAGAAGCUGAAUCAAAGUGGAAGUGGAAAAGAAGUGAAUGAUAUCAUUGAGGAUAAAAGUCUUGAAGAAAAUAAAAUAUCACAGACAAAAGAUAGUGUAGGGAAGGUGGAACAGAAGACAAGUGAAAAUUUGAAACAAAUAAAUGAGAAACAGAACAUAAAUGAAAAUAACAUAAGAGUUCAGGGAGUUGCACAAACGACUAAUGUAGUAAAAGCUGAUGUGAAAAGUGUAACAAGUUCAGACGACCAGUUAACGGCUAGUCCUAUGGAGGAGUUAGUGUCAGACAUCCCACUGCUCCAACGGGUUCAAAACGAGCGAGUCAUUCUUGAUAUAGGCGGUAAGAAGUUUGAAACGUCUAGGAUUACACUCCACAGUGAACCUAAUUCUUUGUUGGCUGAAGUUGUUUCAGGAGGUGGAAUGACUCCUCGGAACGGAAAUGUAUACUUCUUGGAUCGGGACCCAGCCCAUUUUAGUUUUGUGUUAAAUUUUCAUCGGAACGGAAUGUGUCAUCCUAUGACUUUACCUCACGACCUAAGAUAUCUUUACGAGAUGUAUUAA